AUGUCCAAUACCGAAGAGAACCUGGAUGCUAUGAGAGGUUAUAAGUCGGGACUAAACAAUCCAAAUGUCUCAGAUGAGGUAAAGGGACCCGAUGAAGUACAGCUUGAUCAAGACAUUGGCCGUGACCAGUCCUGCAAAAAGCUAGACAAUGCUAGAGGUGGUCAAAACAAAGACUUGAGCAAAGUCCCUGCUGGACCUAAAGCGUCAGUCCUGAAAUCAAAAGAAAGUGGCUACAGUUAUAUGAUAUGGCUAACAACGCUAAUUUACUUAAGAGCUCAGAAUAGUCCUGGUGUAACCAAAAUGGACAAGAAGAAGGCAUACGAGGAACUGAUUCGGAUGGGUGGUGAAACUCCCGAGGAAUAA